AUGCAGCGCCCUGGAUCACAUCCAGAUGUGACUCGGUUGUGCAAAAUACGGCAGAAGUCGGAUCGUCGGUCAGCAGAACCUGUGCUUAGCCGGUGCUGGAGUUCUUUUGCACAGACGUUGGCGGUUGCAGCGGAAGAGACGCAAAGCAAUAGAUACUAUGGGUUUAUUUUGCUGUCCACCGCAGUUCGCUCAUUUGAAGCUGGUGUAGUGGCAUCUAUGAUGCCGGCCAUUCGACAAGGCCUGCAGCUGACCUACACCAGUCAGGGCAAUGUUGCAGGUUCUCCAGACUAUGGAAUUGUUCCAAGCGGCCUUUUGGCCAUGGCAAUCUUCAAACGCUUUUCGCCCUUCUCUGUGUUGACCAUUGGUUACUUUGUGAUUUCUGCAGUUUCGCUUGCGUGCGCGCUGCUACCUAGCUUGCACACACUCGUUGCAGCUCGCGCUAUUGGUGGCUUGUGCUGGGGUCUUGCUGCUGUACACUACCCCACAUGGGUGAACAGGUAUGGGCCCACUGACAAGCGAACGCUGUGGAUGGCCGGAAUCAAUGCAAUGCUGCUGACAGGAAUUGUAAGCGGCUAUGUGAUUGGCGGCUUGGCCCGUGCCACGGGGAUUGCCACUUGGGAGACUCUAUAUCUAUUGGAAGCGUUGCUGAUGUUCUCUUGCGGCCUGUUGGGAAGCCGGUUUGACCCUGACGUGGUGCGGGUCGAGCAGUCAGAAGCAGCAGGUGCGAAAGAAGACGCAAAGGAGAAACAAUCAGGCGACCGGAAGUCAUUCAUUCCAAAAGAGCUUCGGGCCCUUGGAGGCUCAGGGCUGUUCCUGUGCACGCUGGCUGCUGGAUGUUUUCAAUCCGGUUCGGUCGGGUUCAUGUUAUACUUCAUAACCCAAGCCCUCGGCGCGGUUUUCCAUUGGUCGCCGCGGUCCAUCUACAUAGCCGUCAGUCUCGUCAUCACAGUUGGGCCUAUCGGUGGAAUCCUAUCUGGAGCUGCAUAUUUGAACCGUGUGGGAGGAUACCAAAACUAUCGCAAAGCCAAUGGGAUGACCGCUGUUUGCGCGAUUCUCAGCCUCUUGUGCGGGUGCUGUUUACCUUUCGCAGGUGGUUCGCCAUUGCUAUACGGCAUGGCCAACCUGGGUUUGCUGCUCUUCGGUGCAGCUCCUACUGCUGCCAUCAAUGGCAUUGCUGUGUCCUGCGUGCCAGAAGCCAAGCACUUUGCGAGUGCCACCCAGUUCGCCAUGCAAAAUUUGGCAAAGCUGCUCAUCCCUCUUCUGGGAGGAGUGGUGAUCGACCACCUGGGGCAUCUUGGUUCAAUUUGCGACAAAGCUUCGAUCUUUGUUCAUCUCAUGUGA